UCAAAGUAAUGGAUGAUAUUGCCAUCUCUUUCUUUUUCUUUUCACCUACGUGUGAAGGCAUCGCGUAUUUCACGUCGGUGUGAAUUAAAUUAAUAAUUUCGUAAAAAUGGGUUUCGUCAAAGUAGUCAAGAACAAGCAGUACUUCAAGCGCUACCAGGUCAAAUUCCGGAGGCGUCGUGAGGGUAAAACAGAUUACUACGCUAGGAAACGUUUGAUCUUCCAGGACAAGAACAAGUACAACACACCAAAGUACCGUCUAAUUGUACGUUUGUCCAACAAGGAUAUCACCGUACAAAUAGCCUACGCCAGAAUUGAGGGUGAUCGUGUUGUCUGCGCUGCCUAUUCCCAUGAGUUGCCCAAGUAUGGAGUUAAGGUGGGUUUGACCAACUACGCUGCAUCAUACUGUACUGGUUUACUCGUUGCUCGUCGUAUCCUCAACAAAUUGGGUCUGGAUACCCUUUACGGUGGUUGUACUGAAGUUACAGGUGAAGAAUACAACGUAGAACCCGUCGAUGAUGGUCCAGGCGCUUUCCGUUGCUACUUGGAUGUUGGUCUUGCACGUACAACCACUGGUGCUCGUGUAUUCGGAGCCAUGAAAGGUGCUGUCGAUGGUGGUUUGAAUAUUCCACAUUCUGUGAAGCGUUUCCCCGGCUAUAGUGCUGAGGCUAAGAGCUUUAAUGCCGAUGUCCACCGCGCCCAUAUUUUCGGUCAACAUGUUGCUGAUUACAUGCGCACUCUUGAGGAAAACGAUGAAGAAAGCUUCAAACGCCAAUUCAGCCGUUACAUCAAAUUGGGAAUCCGUGCUGACGAUCUUGAAACUAUUUACAAGAAAGCCCACCAAUCCAUUCGCGCCGAUCCUACCCACAAGAAGAAGGAAACUAAGAGCGGCGGCGUGAAGAAACGGUGGAAUGCUAAGAAACUCACGAAUGAACAGCGUAAGGUGAAGGUCGCCGAACACAAGGCUGCCUACAUUGCCAAGCUGAAGUCCGAGUCUGAGGCCUAAAUGCACUCAAAUGGACAUGUGGGGAAAACUCUAAAACUUUAUUAUUAUAUUAAAAUAAUAAUAUAGGAUUUUAUUUACAGUAAAACAA